CUAUAUAUAUUGUCCAGUUAAAAGGCAGCACCGUUUCGAGUUCUAUCUCAUUCGAGAUUCGCGCGUAGUAAACUCGAUUAGGAGCUUCUCCUAAUAGCGAUAGUGAUUCCGGCAGUGACAGUGACUUGUAGGUGGCAGCGACGACAGUUUUCCAACAUGUUCAUAAUUGGGUUACUGAUGCUACUUCAUGCCGGCCUUCGGGAGGUCCAUUGUAAUGCGUUUUAUACGGAAAAACCCUCGUACAUUGAGUCGUGCAAGAUUUAUGAACCGGAGUUUACCAAGUGCUCAACACGCUCCAUACAGGCUUUCAUGAACCAGCUGGUCAAAGGUGUUCCCGAGUUAGAGGAAUCCUUUGGCCCUAUUGAUCCGAUGAGACAGGAUCAGCUGGUGUUCAAGCAGGACAACAGCGAUGUGGCCACGAUUUCGGCCAAUCUCACCGAUAUGCUGAUCAGCGGCUUUGGAAAAAUGGUGAUCAAGGAGAGCAAAGUCAGCAAGAAGGAUUUUAGUUGGCUGACGAAGAUCUACUUGCCCGCUAUGCGAAUGGAUGGUCAUUACAAAAUGCUAGGGCGAAUUUUGUUGGUGCCCCUGCAGGGAUCUGGGAAAAUCGUAAUGGAAAUAGAUGAUCUGGACAUACUGAUGAGCACCAAGACCCGACUCUAUGAGAAGGGCGGCUAUACUUUUUACAAUGUUACUUCCGUGAAGGUAAAGUUAGAAGUCGGCAAAGUGCGGACCAGAAUGGAUAACCUAUUCAAUGGACACAGCAAGGAGGUGGAACGGAGCACCAAUCAGUUCUUCAACGACAAUUGGCAGGAUGUCUUUGAGGCACUACGUCCUCUGGUGGAUGAGACCGUAGAGCGAACUCUACUGGAUCUACUUCAUAAGACGUUUUCAAUUUUCCCAGCUAGCUUUUUUGUAGAAGACAUACCAACCUCCUUGGCCUUGUAUGGUCGCAAAUCGCAUAUGGUCACUUAAGAGAGUUAAUACUUAAUGGCGAAAAAGUAGCUUAAACGUAAAUCCCUGACUAAAGACAGUUUUAAUCGUCUUUGAACAAAAAGUGAUCUAAGUAAUAAAUAUAAUUGUUAUGAAAAA